CGAUUGUUUACUUCCGGUUGCUUAUUUCCUUAGCAUGCCUAAGCCUACUUAUUAUCACUAUCCAUUAAUCCAUUAUCAGGAAAAGCUUCGGCAAAGUGGUUUGGAUAGUUAGCAAUUGAUUACCUAUUUGAAAUACAAGGUCAACAUCUAGAAUAGCCUGUCAAGGUUCACUCAAUCCCUGCCGCACAGUCUGCAGUGGCAGUACUAGGUUGCCCAGCAAAUGCAUCCUUAACUGCGUUAUGGUUUGAGCCAGCUUUCUCAAAGCAAAGAUGGACCGUGAGAAGAGCUCCUGUUGCACUGAAUCUGACAGUCACUGAGGAUUUUCUGUGAACAAUGGUGGAGGAGAAUGUGUAUGUGGCUGUCAAAGCCUCACUUCAUGCAUCCGAGACAUCUGUUUUUGGAUUAGACAAGGACGAGUUGAGCGCUUUGUCCAAAAGAUUCGCUAUCUCACCUGAAGUUAUCAACGGCUAUUCACUAAAAAGUAAUCCAAUUUCUGUCAUCAAUUCGCUGAGUGAACUGGGUUACAAAGUAGUUUGCAGCUCUGGGGAAGCAGAAAUAGUUUGGACUUUACGCCGGACAUUUAUGCGACCUUUGAUUGACAGCCCAACUAAUGGAGCGACAACGACAAGUGACAAAGGUGAGCCAACAACAAAUUGAAAGGUUAAAAGGAUUAAUUUGAGAAAGCUCUCAAGGGACAUUUUCAAACACAUCCGGACUCAUGCAGCAAGUGUCAAAUUCGAAAAUCGUUUGUUUACCAACUGAGCAGUAUUACUUAUAUGCACCUUGAUGUCUAUAGAUAGUAAUUAUUCAAUUAGCCUUGCACCAUUUUAGUAUUUUCCGUGAAUGGAAUUACCUCUGCCUGGUUAGAGUGGUAUUCAGUACUCCCAUAUCCCAUAUCACGGAGAAACUAAGUGUGAUAUUGGAUAUCUAAGUUUUAAAGGUCAUUUAUUUCAUUGUAGUCAAAGGUCGUCUCAUGACGUUUUAUUAUUGAGGUUUUUUGCCUCUGAAGUUGACUCUGGGAAGUGUUUUAAUAUUAGAUGAAUGCCAUUUUCUGGAAAAAAUUAUCAUCAAUAGAAUCUCUAAAAUACUUGCAUUUACAGUCAAUACUUGUAUUUUCAUAAGUUAUUUUGAAUAAAUAUGAUGCAUUUUUCUACUGCUGAUCUAUGCCAAAUUCUUCCUCCCCCUUUGGAGCAUUGUUCAAGAAAAAAAAUUCUGCACUUUUUUUUUUGCAGAAUUGACUUAGGAUUAUAAUUCUAAAUUCCUUCAGCGGUUUAAAAGUUACAUCGAAGAACAGUUACUUUUUGAAGCACCUACAUGAUUAAUUUCAUAUGCCAUGACGAGAAUCGUAGGGUUUCCGGCAGUCUGAAACACUGGCAAAGCCAGGAAUAUGCAGCGAAAGGAAAAUUUAGGAAAUUUUGUGAGUUGCCUUAGCCCUUAGAUUAGUGCCACUCAAGAGAGCAAGCUAGCAGAUAUAAUCAAGUAACUGUUAAUUCAGGGUGUUCAGAAACAGUAUCUGGCAAGAGAGAGGGUCUCCACAGGCUACGUUUUUUUUGCCUUGUCCGAAACAGAGCUGAGAUUCGGUUAGGUCAUGGACAAGUAUCUACGCCUUGCUUUCGCCUCAUCCCCAUUGGCGUGUGAUUGCCAAUUUGUAAUGUGACAUUGAGACCAUUCGCCUUCUAUAUUUUCUUCAUGGUUAUGUCACUGUUGAUAAUAGAAGAGGCUAUUGUCGUUGCGCCAUUGUUGCAAUAAAAUGUUUUCUUUUGUCACUUUUAAUAAACCUUGUUUCCCUUAUCGA